AUGUACUCAGAAAAGCAUUCACUGAGGAGUUGGCAGUGGAUGAGCCCGACUACCGCAAACAGCAGCAGCUUCUUUGCUGUUUGCGUUACUGGGUACGGUGGCCGUGCGUACGUGGCUGAUGCCUUGACAGUGUUCAGGGAUGGCCAGCCACAAGAGAUCUGCAACCCAAGUAACAGCACUGCGGUCAUAGCAAGUUGUCAUUGUUUGGCUGUAGACGGUGACCCUGGAACCUCCAUCUGUGCAGCUGGAGAGUGUUGUUGGGAAGACCUCCGCUGCCGACAGUGCUCCGGCGGGUCGAGACCGACGCCCAUGCUUGAGAGUUGGGCCCUUCUUCACUGUUUGUUGGCAUGCUUCGGAGUUGCUCUUCAACUGAUUGUGCUUGUAACGGAAGCAACUUACCAGCGGCAGCAGUUAAUGCUGGCGAGCUGCAUUUUUCAGUGUGUUGGAGCAGGAUUCAGCUUUGGACCUUUGGUAAACAGCAGUGCCCACGCUGGAAGCCUUGGUGAAGGGCAUGUGAUUGUAGGCUCAGUUGCAAUAGGCUGGAGCAUAUUUCUUAUCGUAUGGAGCUGGGUUCGGGACGAUGCACAAAGUGUGUUUGCUUUGCUGCAAUCGGGUGCAAUUCUGAUACUGGGCUGGCUUGCAGCGGGUCUUGGCUGCGUUGCAAACGCAGAAAUACAGUGGAGCAAUGCGCUAGUGUUGGUCAUCUUUCUUCUCAGUUGCGUGUACGCCGUGACGGCAUGGAAUCGCAAGCGAAAACGUUUUGGCCAGCUGGGUGAAGAACGUGGGCAGCAGAUUGAAAUUCCACAGUCACACUCAGACACUUCGUGUCGUGCCGCAGUGGAGCAGGUUAGUGUUGCCGAUGCUUCGACCAUGUCCCUCCGUCCUCGGGGUGCUUGA